GCAAGGGACCUGAAACUCUUUAUGCUGGGCAGAAACUCAAUGACAAUGAGUGGCACACUGUCCGGGUAGUUCGGCGAGGAAAGAGCCUCAAGCUGAUGGUGGAUGAUGAUGUUGCUGAAGGCACGAUGGUUGGUGAUCACACCCGCUUGGAGUUCCACAACAUUGAGACAGGGAUCAUGACAGAGAAACGGUACAUCUCUGUCAUCCCCUCUAGCUUCAUUGGCCACCUCCAGAGCCUGAUGUUCAACGGGAUGCUCUACAUUGACCUGUGCAAGAACGGCGACAUCGACUAUUGUGAGCUGAAGGCGCGUUUUGGUCUGCGCAACAUUAUAGCUGACCCUGUGACGUUCAAGACCAAGAGCAGCUACCUGAGCCUGGCCACCUUGCAGGCUUAUACAUCCAUGCACCUCUUCUUUCAGUUCAAGACCACCUCAGCUGAUGGUUUUAUCAUCUUUAACAGUGGUGAUGGCAAUGACUUUAUUGCAGUUGAACUAGUCAAGGGGUAUAUACACUAUGUGUUUGACCUUGGGAAUGGACCCAAUGUUAUCAAAGGCAACAGUGAUCGUCCUCUUAACGACAACCAAUGGCACAAUGUUGUCAUCACCAGAGAUAACAGUAACACACAUAGCCUAAAAGUGGACACUAAGGUGGUCACUCAGGUUAUCAAUGGUGCCAAAAAUCUGGAUCUUAAAGGUGAUCUCUACAUUGCUGGCCUAGCUCAAGGCAUGUAUAGCAACCUCCCGAAGCUAGUGGCCUCUCGUGAUGGAUUCCAGGGCUGUCUAGCAUCUGUGGACUUGAAUGGGCGUCUGCCUGACCUAAUCAAUGACGCUCUGCACCGCAGUGGGCAGAUUGAGCGUGGAUGCGAAG